UGAUUUAGAGCGAUGUGGGAGUGCGACCAUUUCAAAGCGGCCUUCUCGCGAAAACCCCAAGGCCAGGCAAAUCUGUUCUCUCACAGGGGAGAGAGAGCGAUGACGAUGGCGAUUCCGGGGAGCAUUGUCGUCCUCCUUCUCCUUAUGUUGCUUCUUCUCCUCCUCCUCUUCCUUCUCAUUGCCUGCAAGCCAUGGCGCUUCUUUUCCUUCUCUCGUUCUCGCACCAUCAAGGUUCCUGACCUUGAGAGACCCCUUGUCUCUGAUGCUGCGGAUGACACUCAAAGCCAAACCAAUGAGCUUCCUAGAGAUUAUGAUUUGGAGGGUGCACUCCAAACUGAUGGACAUUUUCGGUCCCCAAGAUUGUACGGGCUGAUUCAUAAACAAAGAUCGCCAUCUUCAUCGCCCCAUUUAAGUCAGGGUGAUAGAUCGUUUCCAGAUGUAGUUCCCGAUCAUUUAGAAGUUAUUUCAGUUGGUCAAACACUUAAACGAACUUACUUCGCAAACCAGAUUCCAGAAAUUCAAAAGCAUUCAAAAUUGAGCCCAGAAUGUGAUCAACUCCACGAAAUUUCAAGUCAAGAUGCCUCACAUGAAAGAAGUUACCUCACUUUGGAGGUUACCUCCGGUCCUUCUCGUGGGGUGCGUUAUUCAAUACAUUCUGCAGACACGUCUAGGCUUCCGUUGACUCUUGGAAGAGUACCACCUAGUGAUUUACAGCUGAAGGAUUCCGAAGUCUCAGGGAAGCACGCCUUGAUAAAAUGGAAUCUAAAUAAUAUGAAAUGGGAGCUUGUGGACUUGGGUAGCUUAAAUGGGACUUUAUUAAAUUCUCAACCUAUCAACAAUCCUGAUUCUGGAAGUAGACAUUGGGGUGAUCCAAUUGAGCUUGUGAGUGGAGAUGUUAUAACUCUUGGUACAACCUCCAAAGUGUAUGUUCAUAUAACAUCUCAGAUUGAGAAUCAUAUUCCCUUUGGAGUUGGGUUGGCUUCAGAUCCAAUGGCUUUACGUCGAGGUGGAAAAAAGCAUGCCAUGGAAGAUGUUUGCUAUUAUCAAUGGCCUCUUGCUGGGGUUGAUCAGUUUGGACUCUUUGGUGUCUGCGAUGGACAUAGUGGAGUAGGGGCCGCCAAAUCUGCUAGCGAGAUUCUUCCUGCGAAGGUUGCCACAAUUCUAUCUGAUCCACUGAAAAGGGAGAGGGUAGUAUCCCUUCGUGAUGCUUCAGAUGUUCUUAGACAAGCAUUUUCUCAGACUGAAGCUUGCAUGAAUCACUAUUAUGAGGGUUGUACUGCCACGGUGCUCUUAGUAUGGACUGAUAGUGAUGAAAAUUACUUUGUGCAAUGUGCGAAUGUUGGGGACUCUGCUUGUGUUCUGAAUGUUCAUGGGAAGCGGAUGAAGAUGACAGAAGAUCACAGAAUAACUAGCAUUUCAGAAAGACAACGAAUAGAACAAGCAGGAGAACCACUGAAAGAGGGGGAGACUCGUUUAUGUGGCUUGAACCUUGCUAGGAUGCUCGGAGACAAGUUCCUUAAACAACAAGACCCUCGUUUCAGUUCCGAACCUUAUAUCAGUGAAGUCGUCCAUAUAGAUCAAGGAAGCAAAGCUUUUGCAGUGAUGGCAAGCGAUGGCUUCUGGGAUGUGAUUAGCAUGAAGAAGGCAAUCCAGCUGGUGCAUCAGGCCAGGGAGAGAUACUCCGGAGGUGCAGAAAACUCAGCGGAGAAGGUUGCCAAUUUUUUGUUGGGGGAGGCUAGAACACUGCGUACAAAAGAUAAUACAUCCAUAAUUUUCUUAGAUUUUGAGGUUUCUCAUAGAAUCACUUGUAAAGUUGAACCAUGAUAAUUAAUUAUGUAUUACAGAUGUUAUAUGCCACUGUUGUAGUAAUGGUUAUGUCAAAUCCAUCAUUUUUUUAAAUUC